CGCAGCCGGAUCGUCCGCAGGAGUCGCGAUCGGGAUGGAGACGAGCACCCGUCGAGGCGGCCAGAGAUUUUGAAAGAUGAUAUGAACUAUGCAUAGAAUUAUUUCGGCGACACAAAAGAAGAAAUGUGAUAUAUUGCCAAUAUUGAGAAAGAAGAAUCAACAUAAAAUCCCUGCAUACAAUACGAGCUAAGAACUCCUGAUUUUUGAUAGUUGCUAUUUUAUUUUUAAAACUUUUGACAAAAUGAUACUACAGUAGAAUUUAAAAGGAAGAUGAGCAUUAUCAAUAAUUAUUUUUACAGUUUUUCAGAUUACAUCAACUUUAUUCACUGGAGUUUCUGAUAUUCUUAUGCUCUAUUUUGAUCAGCUUUUAAAAACUAUUUUCAUAAACCAAACAGAGCGUAACCACAUUAUUUAAGUGCAGGCUGAAGAGUUGGAAGCAUGAUCACAGUGCCAUAAUUUUUUAAAGGCUGUUGUCUGAAUUGCCUUGUUUAGCUCAGAUUACUUAUAUCUUCCUUUAUAUAAAUCUAUAUUUGUUUCCUAAAUAAUGGCAUGGGCAAAAUUCUUGAGAAAACCUGGAGGAAAUCUUGGAAAAGUGUAUCAGCCUGGAAGUGUGAUGUCCCUGGCUCCCACCAAAGGCUUGUUAAAUGAACCAGGACAAAACAGCUGCUUUCUUAACAGUGCCGUACAGGUUUUAUGGCAACUUGAUAUAUUCCGUCGAAGUUUAAGAGGUCUCACAGGACAUGUUUGCCAAGGUGAUGCCUGCAUAUUUUGUGCUUUGAAGACAAUAUUUUCCCAAUUCCAACACAGUCGAGAAAAGGCUCUCCCUUCAAAUAACAUGAGGCAUGCCUUGGCUGAAAGUUUUAAAGAUGAACAGCGAUUUCAGCUUGGUUUUAUGGAUGAUGCUGCAGAAUGUUUUGAAAAUAUCCUUGAGAGAAUUCACUAUCACAUAGUACCAAGCAAUGGAACGGAUAUGUGCACUUCCAAAUCCUGCAUAACACAUCAAAAGUUUGCUAUGACAUUAUAUGAACAGUGUGUAUGUUGUACUUGUGGGGCAUCUUCAGACCCUUUGCCUUUCACAGAAUUUGUACGUUACAUUUCAACCACAGCAUUAUGCAAUGAAAUUGAUAGAAUGGUGGAAAGACAUGAAAGACUUAAGCCAGAAAUGUUUGCUCAACUGCUUCAGGCUGCAAAUACAACAGAUGACUUCAGGAAUUGUCCGAGCAACUGUGGCCAAAAAAUUAAAAUCCGCCGUGUUCUAAUGAAUUCUCCAGAAAUAGUUACUAUUGGAUUAGUUUGGGAUUCUGAACAUUCUGACCUAACAGAAGAUGUCAUCCGAAAUCUAGCAACACAACUUUAUCUUCCAGGGUUGUUUUAUAGAGUUACUGAUGAACAUGCCAAAAACAGUGAGCUUUUUCUUGUGGGGAUGAUAUGCUAUGCAAGCAGACAUUAUUGUGCCUUCGCCUUUCAUACUAAGAGUUGUAAAUGGGUGUUAUUUGAUGAUGCUAAUGUUAAAGAGGUUGGAACAAAAUGGAAAGAUGUGGUAUCCAAGUGCCUCCGGUGUCACUUUCAGCCACUGCUACUGUUUUAUGCAAACCCAGAAGGUACACCGGUAUCAACAGAAGAUGCACUUCAGCAUAUAAUUCAUUGGUCACAUUAUAAAGCCUCUACAGGAAAUGGAGAAGAAUUUGGGUUUGAGAAAUAUAAUUUUCUUAAAUCAGAUUGUGUAAAGGAGAAUGGAUUUGAAGAAACUUCUAACCAGAAGAGUAAAAAAGCUCAACUAGAAAACACUGCCUUUACUAGGAACUAUACUCAACCUACUAAUGUCAGAGGGUCAAGUAAAUUGGGUCAUAAUGAUCAUAGGGAAAAAACAAAAGAUAUUUCCAGAGAAUGUGCUCAAAAGGCAGCUGAGAUGAAAAGUUACUCAUCAUCAUUAAGAAAAAAUCCUGACAGAGGAUCAAGGAGAGAAUCUGGAAAACAAAAAGAUCUAUCAGGAGAAAUACACACUAAUCUUAAGGCAGGAUCACCACCUUCUGGAACUGGAUUUAGGCAUCAUUCCAAUGAACGUCUAUAUGGUAGUCAAGGGAGAGGAUCUUAUCGGCAUGAAAAGGUGCACAAUCAAAUUAGACCCACUGUACAGACAUUCAGCUCAAAUAAAACGGAAGAUGGAGAGAAGGGGAACCGUAUGAAAACUGACAACACAGCUGGUUAUGAAACAGAUAGUAGCCAAGAUUCCAAAGACAAAGGAAGCAUCAGUAGCAGCAGAAGUCGAAGCAGAGGCUGGAAACCCAUGCGAGAAACUCUGAAUGUUGAUAGCAUCUUUAUUGAUUCAGAGAAAAGGGAACAUAGCUCAAAAUCCAAGCUAAAUGCAAGCAAUAAACCAAAACAUGAAAAGGAGCAGAGUUCAGUCAUCUGUUCCAAAGAAAUUCAGAGUCAGAAGGGUCUGAUGACUAUCUAUGAAGAUGAAGCAAAACAAGGAGGAAGCCAGAAUUCACUAGAUUUGGAAAAGAAAGGAAAUAGAGAAAAAAUAACAGGAUUUGUAGAGAGAAAAGUUCAUCCUGAUAAUUGGCAGGCACAAAGAACUGAAUCUGGCUAUGAAAGCAGUGAUCAUAUUAGCAAUGCAUCUGCUAAUUUGGAUUCACCAGUUACUGAAGGAAACAGCCCAGUUGACCCCAACAGUCUGAAAGAAAACAUUUUCUGCAGUGACCAAAAUCUGUCAGUUAGACAUUCUGGAAAUGUCUUGCAGACUUUCUCCCAGCUGAACAAAAACUCUUUGGAAGUACUGAAGAAAGGUGAAGUUAAUAUGCAUAUUAACUACAAGCCAUCUAACUUCUCAUCAAUUUCUCAUCUGCAGAUACAAAGGACUGAUAUGCCAGAUUGCAAUAAGAAGUCUUUACCUACAUUAACAGUGCAGACAGCUUUAAAAGAUCACAUUGAAAAAGAAAUAAAAAACAGUUCAAUCAAUGAACAAAGCUCUUUACCACGGUCUGGUGAAAAUGUACCUACUGAGACAAAUAUCUGUAGUGCUGACAAUUCAGUAUUUUCUUACAUUGGUGAGAAUGGAAUCAUGUCUGAAAGAGUCCAAAACAACUGUGAAUCUUCAUCUACUCAUUUGCAAGUCCCCUGCCCAGUAUCUCAUACAAAGACCGUUAAUUCUACUCCUAUUCUUGCAUUUUUCUUACAACAGAGCAAACCCAAGCCUUGCUGUACUGAAUCUACUCCAUCUACUGGACAUAAAACGAGCAUGUACAGUAACAAAUAUGAUGAUGCAACAGAAACAGUUUACCAAAAUCUUCCACCACCUUUACCACCAAAGAAAUAUACUCUAUCCCAUUUGCACGGCAUAGAACAAGAAUCCACUGUAGAGUUGAACUUUACAGAUCAUCCAAAAAUUGAAAAGCAUGUUGCUAUUGCUACUUCAAAAAGUAUACCAGAAGCAAGUUCAUUUGCAGAUGAAGAAAGGUUGAAAGCAUUUCAUUGCAAUGAGUCCUCUAAGAUGAGUUUUUCUCCGAGUUUAUUAGGAAAGGAUUUAUGCACUGUAUCCAAUAAUCCUUUAAACAAACGGACUUGUUUUACUGAACCAAAUUCUAGUUCCCUGGAUGCAAAUGCAAAUGAUGUUAUAUCGCUUACUACUUAUUUUUCCGUUGAUAACUGUAUGACCGAUACUUAUAGAAUUAAAUACCACCAGAGACCAAAACUGUAUUUUGCAGAUACUAGUGGGUCAAACAAAGAGAGAUCUUUGUUAUCCAGUGGAAUGCAGUUGGACACGUCUUACCAUCACACUUCUGAAUCAAAUCAUCCCACAGCUCAACAGAAGCAUAAAUCUAAUAUUGGAAAUGUGUAAUGUAAUAAGAAUGAUUUGGGAAUGAAUAUAAAUCCUUAGAACUCCAACCCAAUGUGAUGUUUAAGUUUACAUACUUUAGCUACAUUUCAUUUGGAAAGUACACAUUAAUAAAUUGUCCCUUGCAUGUGCAUGCGUGAUCAAGAAAUAUCAAAGAUGGUUUUAUGCUUGUGGAAAUCCCGAUUUUGCAUAAGUUCAAUCAAAGUGGCUAUUCUUGUAAAUGAGGAACUUAUAAAAUAUUUAAAUUGCUUUCAUAUGCUAAAUAGAUGCAUCUUUAAAAAAAAAAAGCAUGAAUACCAUCUCUUUUUAAAUGACUUGAUUUAGAACAUUUCAAAAUACCAUAAAUAUAUUUCAAAGUAGAUUUUGGACCUGAUUCCAUAGUUGGUUAAAUUUUCAUACUAACUAUAGCACUUUUGUAGGUUAUAAAAACCUAAAUCAUGUAUCCAUUUGCAACUCCCAUAUUAAGACAAUAGAACAUUUUUAAGCAUCAUUAUUUAAAUUUAUUUUGAAUGUUGAAUUCUCAUGAAAAAAUCAUUCACAGACUUUAAAAUGGAGAGUAUGAUAUAUAAUCUCAGAUAAGCCCUUUCACAGAUAAAUUGAUCCUCACAAGUGUGUACAGUAAUUUGUACUGCUUUAAAGAAAUGAUUGAAAUGUAAGGAUUGUUCGUACGCACCAAAGGAUACAUGCAAUAAUAAGAUAAGUUUGAUCUAUAUAAAAGCCUUGAGAGUUUUUGUCUCCUUAUGAAAAUUGUGUUCUUUAUGUAAAGUUUGUCAUAAAUGCAAAAUUUUAGUGAUAUGAAUUGUUUACAUGCACUUCAUUUUUUCAUGUAAAGGCACUUUCAAGCUUGCUAAGUAAAAAUUGAAUAUAAUCUACAUACAGUGUACUACCUCAGUAUGACAUUGAUAUUGUUUUUAGUAUGUAUGUACAGUAUAUAUUUAUAUAUACACACAGACAUAUAUAUAUAUAUAUAUGUCU